CAUUCCCAAGGAGGUGUUAGUAUAAACAACUCAAAAGCGUCUCCGGUUUUCUCAUUUUUCUCUAACAACCUAAAACCUUCGUCUCUCUACUGCCUCUCCUGCCUCUCCUGCCAUUGCCGCUCCUUCUUUUCUUUUUAGUUACACUCACACAACAACGUAAAACCCUAAUCCUUUCUCUUUUCAGAUCUUCACUCUCCAUGCUCUACAAGGAUCCUUCAAAGCAUGUUGUAAGGAGUAAAUGGCAUGUGGAACAAGUAUGAAAGUGGGUAGGAAGAAUGAAAGAUUGUGAGAGUUAGGUUAUGAUAUUAAUGAUGGAAAGUGGAAACACAUGUGCAUAUGACUAUGUGUUGAUCACCAAUCAACUCUGUUAGGUUUUAGUUUUUUUCUCAAACCGGCUCGAUUUUCCCAAAUUUUUAGAAAAUCUGCACAACUGUGAAGCAUUGAUCGUACUCAAAUUAAAGAAGAACAUAAUGUUUUCCCGAUUCCAAUUUGGAUACACGUGACCGAUGUAGACCGGCUGCAGAACGAUAAAGAAAAGAUAUUACCCUUUAGUAUAAGGGAAAGUAAAUUAGGUGUGUCUGUCAUCAAAUAUUUUUCUUUUGAGCAAUUGAAAGAUAACCAAUUCUUUUAAGAAGUUCAUCUUCUUUGGUAUUCUUCUCUAGUGUCAUUACCAGAACCUGGGAUGCUGAAAGAUGUGGUUCAAAGUAAAGAGUUCCUUCUCUGAGGUUGUAACUCUAUCUGAGCUAACCUUUUUAAUACUUCGCGAGGUCAGAUUUUUAGAUUGCCGCCAAUAUCUAUUUUGUACUCAUGUGCUUGACGCGGUUGGAAAUCUCGGUUGUUCAAUUCCAAAACACAAUAUUUGCAAGGAUGGUUGAGCUUUGAGCACUAUAUAAUCGAUAGGGUAGUUGUACGCCAAUAGUGUUGUCGAAAUGGAACAAAAGGGAAAGGUGUUAAUGCAAAAAUAUGAGUUGGGAAGAUUAUUAGGCCAAGGAACGUUUGCAAAGGUCUACCAUGCUAGGAACCUUGUAACUGGCGUGAGUGUGGCCAUUAAAGUAGUUGAUAAAGAAAAGGUUUUGAAAGUCGGGAUGGUUGAGCAAAUUAAGCGGGAAAUUUCGGCCAUGAAAUUAGUCAGACAUCCGAAUGUGGUUGAGCUUUACGAGGUAAUGGCCACUAAAACGAAAAUUUUCAUUAUCAUGGAGUAUGCAAAAGGCGGCGAGCUCUUCGACAAGGUAGCUAAGGGAAGGCUCAAGGUUGACGUUGCUAGGGGAUAUUUUCAGCAACUUAUGAGCGCAGUUGACUACUGCCACAGCAGGGGUGUGUGUCAUCGAGAUUUAAAACCUGAAAAUCUACUAUUGGAUGAAAAUGAGAAUUUGAAGGUUUCGGAUUUUGGUUUAAGUGCUCUUUCUGAAUCGAAACGCCAAGAUGGGUUACUCCACACUACAUGUGGUACCCCUGCGUAUGUUGCUCCAGAAGUGAUACACAGAAAGGGUUACGAUGGAAGCAAAGCUGAUUUAUGGUCGUGUGGGGUAAUCUUGUUUGUUCUAUUGGCUGGUUCUCUUCCAUUCCAAGAUCAAAAUCUGAUGGAGAUGUACAGGAAAAUCAGUCAAGGGGAAUUCAAAUUUCCUAAAUGGUUUGCAGUAGAGGUUCGCCGGUUGUUGUCCAAAAUAUUGGAUCCAAAUCCAAAGACUCGGAUAUCAAUGGCCAAGAUCAUGGAAAGUUCUUGGUUUAAAAAGGGGUUAGAGAAGCCGGUUUAUAUCGAGACUGAAAACCAUGACCCUACUACUCUGCGUGCUGAUGGAGUGUUUGAAGUAUCCGAAUACGGUAGUGGUUCUAUUACGGAGACAAAACAACAGGCGAAGCCUUGCAACAACUUAAACGCCUUUGAUAUCAUCUCCUUCUCAUCUGGUUUUGAUCUAUCCGGUUUGUUCGAAGACACGAUUCUAGAAAAAGAGACGCGGUUUUUGUCCAACAAGCCGGCCUCAAUUAUAAUCUCUAAGCUGGAAGAAAUUUGCAAGUGUCUUUGCUUGAAAAUUAAGAAAAAAGACGGAGGUUUGUUAAAGCUGGAAAGUAGGAAAGGGACACUGAAUAUCGAUGCUGAGAUUUUCGAGAUUUCCCCUCAUUUCCAUCUUGUGGAACUUAAGAAGUCGGACGGGGACACAUUGGAGUAUCAGAGGCUUUUGCAGCAUGAGAUUAGACCGGCACUUAAGGAUAUUGUGUGGGACUGGCUAGGAGAACCGCCACUGCAACUUCAACAUGAAGUAGUGCAGGAGGAACAACAACCAUCUCUUACUGCUCAAAUUUAGUGAAUUUAUGAAUCAAUGUUGCAUCAUUAGGUUGUUCUAUGUUGUGUUUUUCUGUUUGAUUUUUGUCUGGUGCUUAAUUUCACAGUACCUAUAGAAUAAGGUUUAUGUUAAAGUGAGAAUUGAACCAUUUUUAAUGUCAUCUUUGUUGUUUUUA